AUGGGCCGCCUACACAGCAAGGGGAAAGGCAUCUCGCGAUCGGCGAAGCCGUACAAGCGGACCCCCCCGCAAUGGUUGAAGACGUCGUCAGUAGAUGUGGAGGAGCACGUCUGUAAGCUUGCGAAAAAGGGCCUGACGCCGUCUCAGAUUGGCGUCAUCCUCCGCGACUCGAGCGGAAUCCCCGCGGUGAAGUCUGUCACUGGGUCGAAGAUCUUACGUCUGCUGAAAAAGAAUGGUCUCGCACCGGAGAUUCCUGAGGACCUCUACAUGCUCAUCAAGAAGGCGGUGUCUGUUCGCAAGCACAUGGAGCGUAAUCGUUCCGACAAAGACUCCAAAUUUCGCCUUAUACUGAUUGAAUCCCGCAUCCAUCGGCUUGCACGCUACUAUCGCGAGCUCUCAGAGUUCCACACGCAAACUCAACGCAUCGUGGAAGUACGAGAGUGCCACUGCUUCAGCGCUUGUUGCCUAAGCUCAUAG